CAGCAUAAAACCAAGAGAGAGACAGAUUUUUUAGGCUGGGCUUUACAAUCAGCAUAUGGUCGUGAGACGCUCAACGCUGAAACAUUGCAAAGAAGAAAACGAUAGAAACAAAGGAGAGGAACGAGAGCGCGCUGAGACACUGGGGUUGCUGUUUGAAUGAGCUCAGUGAAGUCUCUCCCGGGACACAGUAUGUGACGGGGGGUGCAUAAAACGUCACUACACCUGCUGCGGGCUGGAAUAAAUGCACGAUAGAGAGAGAAAGAGAGAUGUCUCGUUUUCACUUUCUCAUUCGCACUAUAAAGAGCUUGCCAAGGCAACUCCACGUGAAUCAGAUUUCUGGGAAUAAUCGUCUGUUUGGAUAAGAAGGUUAUUGGGCGGAAAGAAAACAAACAACAAUGCCCCAACGACGCACCAUUCAUUCCUGGCGCUGCCUCUUGUUCACGCGGUCGUGCGGUAUUUCCCGGUUGAUUCCCAUUAUUGGAGAGUGUCAGUAGUAGGCGGUGACCGGAGCUGCAUGCCUGCUGCCGGUGUCUCGAGCUUACCCGAUUCCUACAGCCUGCCCCCGGUGUAGAUAUGACUUCCUGGCUACAUAAAUACGGUUACCCGAGUCUGCAUUGCGUGCUGCUCUGCGUGGUAUUGGCCGCUAACAUCAUCGGCGGGAGCUCUCAUUCCGGUGAGCCUGUAUGUUCGUCUCCUCCUGUCUCUUCGUGUUCAGAGUGCCUCCGACGCGGACCACAGUGUGCCUGGUGCUUUGAGGCGGGUUUCCUGGAUGGAGCGGAGGUGGGAGAGCGCUGCGACCUGGUGGGGAACCUGGCGAGGAGGGGGUGUGGCCUAGAGUUCAUAGAGCAUCCAGAGGUCAUGGUGGAGGUCAAUGCUACGACCAGCAGCACUCAGGUGUCACCGGGAGAGAUCACCCUCACACUCAGACCAGGUGCUGAGGCCAGUGUGAUAGUAGCAGUACAACAGUUAGAGAGGUAUCCUGUUGAUCUGUACUACCUGGUGGACGUAUCAGCAUCCAUGCAGGAAAACCUGGACCAGCUGAAGACGGUGGGCGUAGCCUUGUCCCACCGUAUGAGAGAACAUUCCAGUGAUUUGCGUCUGGGGUUCGGCUCCUUCGUUGACAAACCUGUCUCCCCCUACAUCAAUGUACACCCCUCUAAGAUAAAUAACCCCUGCAGUGACUAUGAGGUGAAGUGUCGCCCAGCCCAUGGCUUCCACCAUGUUCUUAGUAUGACGGCAAACAUGUCAGAGUUUACACGCAUCAUCAAGAGACAGAGGAUAUCAGGCAACAUGGACACACCAGAGGGAGGGUUAGACGCUAUGCUCCAAGCUACUGUAUGUCAGGGUGAGGUGGGUUGGCGUGGGGAGGCCAAGCGUCUGUUGUUGUUGAUGACAGACCAGCCUUCUCACCUGGCGUUGGACAGCAGACUGGCUGGUAUAGUCACACCCCAUGAUGGCCUCUGCCAUCUGGAGAACAACAUCUAUAUGGAGAGCACUACCAUGGACCAUCCCAGUUUAGGCCUGUUGGCUGAGAAGCUUCUAGAGAACCACAUCUACUCUCUCUUUGCUGUGGAACAACUACAAUAUCAGUGGUAUGAGGAGUUGGUCAGGUUGCUACCAGGCUCCAAUCUUCUGUUCCAGGCUCCCAAACUUAUAGACGUGGUGGUGGAUGCAUACAAGAGGUUGUUGUCAGUUGUCCAGGUGUCUGUGUCAGUGGAGGACAGAGCAUUCAGCCGUUUCCUGGUCAGCGUCUCUCCUCUCUGUCCAGAAGGAUCUGUAUCCCACGACAACCGCAGCUGCUCCAACGUCCAGCCCAACCAGACGGUCUACUUCAACAUCACCAUCGGUCUGCACUCCUGUCCUGAUGAUGAUGAUGAUGACGUGGUCCAGGUCUUCGUCAGGCCCGUGGGUUACAAUGAGUCAUCCAUCAUCAAGGUUCACUCACGAUGUCGCUGUCACUGUGGACCGGACUGGCAUUGCCACGACGAUACCACACAUCAGUCAACGUGUGGUGAGGUCACCCCAGAUACAGACGGUAAUAAUCAAGACAUGAACAAUCGGGACAUGCACACACACACACCGGACUUAGACCCAGAGCACACACCCACACGCCCUCACACACACACACCGGACCUAGACCCAGAGCACACACCCACACGCCCUCACACACACACACCGGACCUAGACCCAGAGCACACACCCACACGCCCUCACACACACACACCGGACCUAGACCCAGAGCACACACCCACACGCCCUCAUACACACGGACCGGACCUAGACCCAGAGCACACACCCACACGCCCUCAUACACACGGACCGGAGUGGUCACGACAGUGUCGUGCGGAGGGAUCAGGGGUGGACUGUAACGGUCGGGGAGUGUGUGUGUGUGGGAAAUGUGUGUGUGAGAGGAACAGUCUAGGAACAGUGUAUGGACAGUACUGUCAGAUGGACGACUACUCCUGCCCCUACCAACACGGACUACUGUGUGGAGGGCGAGGUAUGUGUGUGUCUGGUGAUUGUGUAUGUGAAGAGGGCUGGACAGGAGAGAGCUGCAGGUGCCCAGUCUCUACGGCAAUCUGCCUGUCCGACAACGGGUUGCUAUGCAGCGGGCGUGGCAGGUGUGUGUGUGGCAGAUGUGUGUGUGACAACCAUCAAUAUUCCGGAGCAUUUUGUGAGAGAUGUCCCACCUGCCACAGCUCCUGUCAGUCACACUGGAGGUGUAUAGACUGUCACUUGUCUCACGGUCUGUCUCAGAGAGAGGCUGGGGAGUGCAACCAUACCUGCAUCCCAUUAGUGGGUUACGUCAAUGAUGUCACAGUCCUACUAGGCCAGGUAUGGAGACAGUGUGUGUAUAAGAAAGACAACUGUUACUAUCGCUUCCACACUGCACUUGUCUCAGGAAAUACUCUUCUACAUUUCAACACACAACCUGAGUGUGUAUCCAGUAGGCGGUAUGUGGGGACCUUCCUCAGUGUGUGUGUGUUGACAUUCCUCCCUGGCUUGGUGAUGCUGGCUGUGCUGGUGCUACUCCUGCACAGACGAUCUUUGCCACAGGGUGGCGCCACUGAUCAACAAUACAACCCCACUGGCAAGGAUCUGUCACACGUCCCAAAGACCAAUGAGAAGACGGUAUCCUACAGGAGGGACCUCCCCCCGGGCCCUGACCGACCAAUGGAGAUGCAUAUCACCGUUCCCAAGAUGCCCCUGGGCGAACCCUGGCAGUAAGGGGUCAGGGGUUAGAGGUCAACGGUUGAAGUGGGCCAAUGCUGACCGGUACAAAAAAGCAGCAACUCUAAUGUUAUACUGCUUGAGAACCGGCACCUGUGAAAAGCAGGUACAGUAAAAUGACAGUGAGCAGGGCAACAGGAAUCUUCUCUCAGUACACUUGCACUGGUUCCAGGUUAGGGGAAGGAUAUGAAAAACUGGACAGAGUAACACUCCAAACAGGAGGCUUGUUACUGAUACUGUAAUAUUAUGUGGCUUUAUGGACUGGCAGCCAUUGAAAGGUACUGAACAUUGAUCGAUUUAUCAAUGCUAAAUAUUUAUGCUUUUAUUACAGAGAACACUACAAGUUUAUUAGUUUACUUGAUCUCUCUCUCUCUACUCAACCUGUAUGUCCUGUGUUAGCUGGCCACCUAGUGGUCAGUGGUGAAACGACAUAACAGAAUGGGAUGAAUGAAUAAUUGGAUGAAGGAAUGAAUGAAUGAAUGAAGGAAUGAAUGAAUGGUGAUCUUGCACCAGCAGUAACGUGUGAAUAUGUGACACUCCACAAUCAUUACCUUUUUUUUUUUACCUACCGCCAGAUCUACUUGAUUUCUUUAUUUGAUGUGCCUGGCAUAACUGGAGUUUUGAGAGGACAGGUAGCCUCCAACCGUUGUUAAUGUACAGUACCAGUAUCUAGUUUUAAUAUUUGAAACAAGCAUUAAUUUUAAAUUAGCAUACUUGUGGAGAGACAGAGUAGAGAUUUGCACUAGCAUCGUUACGUAGCAUGAUAGGUCGUAGUGUUGUCAGACUACUGAGCGCUAAUUGGCUCCUGAACUAUUGGGAAGGCUGCUGAUUGGCUCCUAAACUACUGGGAAGGCUCCUGAUUGGAUCCUGAACGUUCCAUAUUACACUUCUAUCUGCAAGAAUUCCAGUAAACAAAACUAUGAAUAAUAUUUAAUAAUGCAUUUGUUGCAUGUUCAGUUUUUCUUUACAUCUGAUGUUUUGAUGUUUACAGCAUUCAUUAGCUGCUAAUUUAUUUAGUCCAUAACACUAAUAUUAUUAUUUAUUGUGAUUUAUUUAAAAAAAAAUGUUUUAUUGUAAUUUUUGUAUUCUAUUUUUAAUUAAAGGUACUGACUGGCUACAGGGCUGUGAUAUUACAGGAUUGUAGCUCAAUGUUAAAUGAAUCAGCAAUUAUAAAAAUGAUCUCUCUAACUGGCAGACUUGGGUCAAAUACUUUCAAAAAGUGGUAUCACAUUAUUAGAAUGGUACCCAUUGUCUCACGUCAGAAAGCUUGACAACCUUGUCUGCAUAGUUCAUGGCCAGUCUGAAGACAAUGAAGGACACCUACAGCACAUUUGGAAAGUAUUCGGACCCCUUCACUUUUUCCACAUUUUGUUUACGUUACAGCCUUAUUCUAAAAUUGAUUAAAUUAUUUAACUUUCGCCCCAGUCUGAGGUCCUGAGCGCGCUGGAGCAGGUUUUAAUCAAGGAUCUCUCUGUACUUUUCUCCGUUCAUCUUUCCCUCGAUCCUGACUAGUCUCCUAGUCCCUGCCGCUGAAAAACAUCCCCACAGCAUGAUGCUGCCACCACCAUGUUUCACCGUAGGGAUGGUGCCAGGUUUCCUCCAGACGUGACGCUUGGCAUUCAGGACAAAGAGUUUAAUCUUGGUUUCAUUAGACCAGAGAAUCUUGUUUCUCAUGGUCUGAGAGUCCUUUAGGUGUGUUUUGGUAAAGUUCAAGUGGGCUGUCAUGUGCCUUUUAUUGAGGAGUGGCUUCCAUCUGGCCACUCUAUCAUAAAGGCCUGAUUCGUGGAGUGCUGCAGAGAUGGUUGUCCUUCUGGAAGGUUCUACCAUCUCCACAGAGGAACUCUGGAGCUCUGUCAGAGUGACUAUCGGGUUCUUGAUCACCUCCCUGACCAAGGCCCUUCUCCCCCGAUGGCUCAGUUUGGCCGGGCGGCCAGCUCUAGGAAGAUUCUUGGUGGUUCCAAACUUCUUCCAUUUAAGAAUGAUGGAAGCCACUGUGUUCUUGGGGACCUUCAAUGCUGCAGAAUUAUUUUGGUACCCUCCCCCAGAUCUGUGCCUCGACACUAUUCUGUCUCGGAGCUCUACGGACAAUUCCUUCAACCUUAUGGCUUGGUUUUUGCUCUGACAUGCACUGUCAACUCUGGGACCUUAUAUAGACAGGUGUGUGCCUUUCUAAAUCAUGUCCAAUCAAUUGAAUUUACCAUAAGUGGACUCCAAUCAAGAUGAAUCCAUUUUAGAAUAAGGCUGUAAUGUAACAAAUUGUGGGAAAAGGAAAGCGGUCUGAUUGCGUUCCGAAUGCUCUGUACAUAAGGAUUUCGUUACAGGUGCAUAACCCACAAAUAAGUCAUCCAUAAGCAGUGAUUACGUUUUUUACAAAAUUCUUAUGUCAAGUUGAUCAUUUUAGCACAUCAGUCAGUUUGUGCGGUACAAUGAAACUAAUGCAAUAGUCCCAAAAGUUCAAACUCAAAGCUAAAUUAAAGCUCUAGCUAUUUGACAUGUAUUUGACCUCAGACUGCUAACUGGGCAUUGUGUUUGUAUAAUAAAAGCACGUUUGUGUAUAUUUUCUGUAAAUGCAUGUGAUUAAGAGUUCCUGUAACAUGAAUGUUUUAAUGAAAUGAUUAAGUGUUAGAUUUGAACUGAUGUCUAACUCCUUCUGAUUCUUUAUAAACCUCGUGUGUUCACUCAUUAGUAAAUGUAUCAUAAGCUGAAGUGACUAUCCAUUCAUUGAGUUUAUUAGACAGUGCAAUAGACAUUCAGCCACACCACACACCAAUGCAAUUGAAGACAUAUGACCUAGUCAUAUUUUACAAAAUAGAGUUGAUGCACAAGAAUAAAGCAGGAAAGCAUGUGGUCUUUUCUAUUCCUUCA